AUGUGGAACUUACUAAAAGCUUUUUUCCUAGUAUUUGGGGGCUGCUGUUCCAAUGUUAUUACUUUUGAAGCAUUAAUGGACAAUAGAACUAGCAGUAUUAACAACCUCAUUACGUUUUGUCAAUUUCUGUUUGUCACAUGUCAAGGACUUCCCAGCUUUAUAGAUUUUCGUCGACCUUUUCCUUACUUUAAGCCUCUGAAAACUCCCCUUCAUGUCUAUAUCGUUUCUGUCUUCUUAUUUUAUAUUUCAUCUACGACGAAUAAUAAUGUGUUUAAGUACAAUAUAUCCAUCCCAAUUCAUAUUGUUUUCAGAUGUUUUGGAACAGUUAUAACCAUGUUUACAUGCUGGCUAUUUAAUGGUAGGAAAUACACAAGGACUCAGAUUUCAUCAACUUUAUUUUUGACCAUUGGGGCUAUCAUUGCCUCAUUGUACAAAGAUUCCGAUUUUCGGUACCAAGAUUUGACACUAGAGACGUUAAAAAUCAGAAAUGACCAACCUGUAGAUUCAACGUUCAUUUUUGGUAUUUGUGUAUUAGUACUUUCAUCAUUCACAUCGUCUUUACUUUCUGCAUACAAUGAGCGCACGUAUCAAAAAUAUGGCAAGCAUUGGAAAGAAAAUAUCUUUUACAGCCACUUGUUAUCAUUACCCCUCUUUCUAUUUAAUCAAAAACAGUUAAUUUACGAAUAUCGAGUAAUGAGAAACUCUGAAAAAAAAAUGUGUUUAAAUGUUGGUAGGAAGGUUAAAGUACCGCAAGCAGAAACUUUCCUCUUUUUUAAUGUGUUGACCCAAUACUUUUGUGUCAAAGGUGUCAAUAUACUUGCUAGUAAAACGAAUGCUCUAACACUUUCAAUAACAUUACUUCUAAGAAAGUUUAUAAGUCUUUUAUUGAGUGUCCAAGUUUUCGGUAAUGGGCUUUCAUAUACCGGCUACUUUGGUGUUUCCCUAGUAUUUCUUGGUGCCCUGAUAUACUCCCUUGGAUCAAUUCGUCCCAGGCUUAGAGAUAAAAAGGCGUUAGGGAAGGGACAAUAA